GUCACGAAAGAGUUAACGGCUGCUGCUCCAGUGUGAGGAUCGAGCGGCUGGAGCUUAUACUUUGGUUGUUGGCGUUGCGGAGCUUGUGGACGCGGCGGCGGCGGCAGAGGCGUGCGCAGACCAGCGCGACAAGUUCACAGUAAAGCUGCUGCCACUACACUUACACAACAGCCAUGUCGGAGCGAAGGGGGAUGCGUGGAUUUGACAGCGCACACUGUUUCUACUACUGAUCCUGCGUUUGGUUGUUUGUUUGUUUGUUUGUUUGUUCGUUCGUUCGUGCGAGUGGGAGAGCAAAGAAUAGAGAGUAAGAGAGAGAGAGGGCUGUUUGCUUCCCCUCGCGCGCGCGAGGAUAUCUUCUUCAUGGACGGACAGCGGGGCUUUCACGAGAUGGAGAACCCGGCGGAGAACCCCAGCAAGGCGGCGGAGUACCUACAGGAGCUAAACAAGAUCAUUGAGACCCAACAGGAGCUGCUGGAGAAGCAGAGGGUCCGCAUCGAGGAGCUGGAGCUCCAGGUGACGGAUCUGUGCGCUGAAAACGUGUGUCUGAAAGAUCAACACCAGCGGCACCUGGCCACCUGCAGACUCCAGCUGCAGCAGCAGGGGAACCACUCCAGCCUGGGAGCCAUCAAGGAGAAUGUCAUGCAGGAAAAGAGACAUACCUCAUUGCCUAUUGAAGUCUCAGAGAUCCCUCUAAACCUAAUUGCCCCUCCAUGUAGAAGAAGUUACCCCUGUCGGAAAUGGAAGUCUGCAUCUUCUGGACCAGACACAGAGGUUCCCAGCUCUGCCAUGACUCACAGACGCCAUCAUUACUCUGUGGAAGGUGAUGCUCCAGGAAGCGAAGUGGGAGCCUCUGUGGACCACAGCGGUGGCUAUAGUUGCGUACCAAUAACCCGCAGCAGCGGGCUCAGCUCCGACCACCUGGACAGCCAGCUUUAUGGGCAAAUCUUGCUCCCUGGCCACCUGCGACCUCGCCGACCCAAGCUCCAGCACUCGCAGUCCAUCCUCCGCAAGCAGGCAGAGGAGGAGGCCAUCAAACGCUCUCGCUCACUGUCAGAGAGCUAUGAGCUCUCAUCAGAUCUACAGGACAAGCAGGUGGAGAUGCUAGAGCGUAAAUAUGGUGGGCGUUUCAUAACCCGGCAUGCAGCCCGUACCAUUCAGACAGCCUUCCGCCAGUAUCAGAUGAACAAAAACUUUGAGCGUCUUAGAAGCUCUAUGUCUGAAAACCGUAUGUCCCGACGAAUCGUCCUAUCCAAUAUGAGAAUGCAGUUUUCCUUUGAAGGACCUGAAAAAGUCCACAGCUCCUACUUCGAGGGAAAACAGGUCUCACUAACAGAUGACAGCUCGAAAAUCGGUGCGCUGGUGCAAUCAGAACAUGGCGGGGAUAUGGGGGCGCAGGGCAAGACCCCCACAACACAAAGUGACUUUACGGAUGCUAUCACAGAACUAGAAGAUGCUUUUUCCAGACAGGUGAAAUCUCUAGCAGAGUCCAUAGAUGAUGCUCUGAACUGUCGUAGUAUGCAUGGUGAUGAGGGCCACUCUGAGUCAGGGAGAGGUCACCAGGAUUUGGACAGCUGCCAGGUGAAGCCCUCCCACAGUGCCUCAGAUCGCCAAAAACUGGAUGAGAUGACGGCAUCUUAUAGUGAUGUAACGCUUUACAUUGAUGAGGAGGAACUAUCACCGCCCCUGCCUCUAUCUCACUCUGUAGAUCGACCUUCCAGUACAGAAUCAGAUUUGCGUCACCGCUCCCUCAACUCCUCCCAGGAUUACUGGUCCCUGGCUCAUAAAGAUGAGAAAGGAGACACAGACACCAGCUGCCGCAGUACACCUUCCUUAGAAUGUCAAGAGCAGCGCUUACGUGUUGACCACCUGCCCUUGCUGACCAUUGAGCCUCCCAGUGACAGCUCUGUGGAACUGAGUGACCGCUCUGACCGCAGCUCCUUGAAGAGACAGAACGCAUAUGAGCGGAGCCUGAGCAACCAGCAGAGCAGCCCCAAACACAUCAGCCACGGUUUGCCACCCCGAGGGCCUUCAAGAGAAGAUGACUCCUCCCGCCAUCGGCCACGACAGCUGGAGGCACAUCUGGCCAUCAACGGAACUGCAAACCGGCAGAGCAAGUCUGAGUCGGAUUUCUCUGAUGGUGACAAUGAUAGCAUCAACAGCACGUCCAACUCCAAUGACACCAUCAACUGCAGCUCAGAGUCCUCAUCCAGAGACAGUCUGAGGGAGCAGACACUCAGCAAGCAGACGUACCACAAAGAGACUCGCAACAGCUGGGACUCACCUGCUUUCAGCAACGAUAUCAUCCGGAAGAGGCACUACCGCAUUGGCCUAAACCUCUUCAACAAGAAACCAGAAAAAGGCAUCCAGUAUCUGAUAGAGCGAAACUUUGUUCCAGACACCCCAGUGGGUGUGGCACACUUCCUGCUUCAGAGGAAGGGCUUGAGUAGGCAGAUGAUUGGCGAGUUCCUGGGUAACAGACAGAAACAGUUCAACCGAGAUGUCCUUGACUGUGUGGUGGACGAAAUGGACUUCUCCAGUAUGGAACUGGACGAAGCACUCCGGAAGUUCCAGGCUCACAUCAGAGUCCAGGGAGAAGCACAGAAAGUUGAGCGGCUGAUUGAGGCUUACAGCCAACGCUACUGCAUCUGCAACCCUGGUGUGGUGCGACAGUUCAGGAACCCUGACACCAUCUUCAUCCUGGCUUUUGCCAUCAUCCUUCUCAACACAGACAUGUACAGUCCCAAUGUCAAACCCGAGAGGAAGAUGAAGCUGGAGGACUUUGUCAAGAACCUUCGAGGGGUGGAUGAUGGGGAGGACAUCCCUCGAGAGAUGUUGGUCGGGAUAUAUGAGCGGAUUCGCAAGCGGGAGCUCAAGACGAAUGAAGACCACGUGUCUCAGGUUCAAAAAGUGGAAAAGCUGAUUGUUGGAAAAAAGCCGAUUGGCACUUUACACCAUGGUCUUGGAUGUGUUCUGUCCCUACCCCACCGACGACUUGUCUGUUACUGCAGACUUUUUGAAGUUCCCGACCCCAACAAACCACAAAAGUUGGGCGUUCACCAAAGGGAGAUCUUUCUCUUUAAUGACCUGCUAGUGGUGACUAAGAUUUUCCAGAAGAAGAAGAACUCGGUGACAUACAGCUUCCGGCAGUCCUUCUCACUUUAUGGCAUGCAAGUGCUGCUCUUUGAGAAUCAGUAUUAUCCCAAUGGUGUCCGCCUGACCUCAGCCAUUCCCGGAGCCGACAUCAAAGUCCUCAUCAACUUCAACGCACCCAAUCCUCAGGACCGCAAAAAAUUUACCGAUGAUUUGCGGGAAUCAAUUGCUGAAGUUCAAGAGAUGGAGAAGUAUCGGAUAGAAUCUGAACUAGAAAAGCAGAAGGGAGUGGUGAGGCCCAGCAUGUCGCAGAGUUCAGGGUUAAAGAAGGAAACGGGAAAUGGCAACCUGAAUCGAGCGAGCCUUGAUGACAGCUACGCUAUUGGUGAGGGUUUGAAGAGGAGCGCCCUCAGCAGCUCCUUGCGAGACCUCUCGGAUGCAGGCAAGCGUGGGAGACGCAGCAGUGCAGGAUCACUAGACAGCAAUAUGGAAGGGUCCAUCAUUAGCAGUCCCCACAUGCGACGGAGAACGCCCUCCAGCCGAGACUGCCCAUCCCGCCACAGUGGCCAGUCCCUGCCCAACUCCUCCUCCCUGCUUGGAUCUCUGUUUGGCACCAGGCGUGUAAAGUCCCCCAGUCCCACCCCACAGCCCCUGCACCCCACCCUCAUCUCCCACACCCCGCAUCCCGCCAACUUGCACCACACAGCCCGAGUCGAGACAGACACAGUGGCCCCCAUGCACGCGCACCAUGCCCAGUUCUGCCAAAUUACCCAGAACCCCCCGCCUUACCAUCACCACCACCACUACCAUCCACCAGCCCACUUGCAGCACCCACCGCACCAGUUCCACCCUCCCCCAUCUCAUGGCCAGCAGCAGCCAUAUCCGCCUCACACACAGCAUGGCCACGGGAGCCACUCCUCCCACCCUGCUCAUGGCUCCCACCACCACGGGCCGCCACCACCACCCUCCCAGGCCUCCAGCAGCACCAAGCCCAAGCACAGCGGCAUCAGUACAGUGGUGUGAGGGGCAAAAGGGGGGCCCUGCUCUGGGCUCUGUGACUGAUCUUUAAUUUUCUCUUCCUUCGAAGCUCUCGGCUGAUGAGACGGUUGCACUGUGCAUCACUUGUCUGUGGACGUGAAGCCAGCCAGAAUUCUGUGUCUCCUCCAGCAUUUUUUGUCACACUUAUCAGUGAGACAGUUAAUUCAACCCAAGCACAUUUAUUUUCUGUUGUUCCUUCAGUUUCUUUUCAGAUCAUGACUCGUGUCUGCUUUCCUCAGUGGCAACAGACAACAAUGCAAGAGCAUGCACAAAGACCACAACUACUGUUCUUCCUCAGUUAAUGAAAAAAAAGUAACAUGAUCAAAUGUCUUACAAAUAUUUUACACAGGAAGUAAAUAGUAAUCUUGAUGUUUAUGUCUACAAAGUGAUUUUAUCUAGUGUCGGGGUGGUUUGGCUGAGCACGGACAGACAGACAGACAGACAGACAGACAGAGGGUCAGCCUCAGCAGUAGCUGUAUGAGUAUUUAACGUAGUGGUAGCUCACUGUGAUAUCUCUGUUAGCAGUGAUAAAUGUGCCAAUUAUUGAAGCAUUUACUAAUUUAGCCACAAAACUUGCUUCAUGUAUAAUGUGCAUAGUAUUUUGUAAAAUAAUAUUAGCUCUUAUUAUAAAUAAAAUAUUAUUACGGAACACAUGGCAUCAGUUAAAACUCUCAGUAUUAUACUAUACAUACAGUAGGUGGCGUAGCUUCACUGUUCAGAAAUCAAUCAAGGCUUCUGUUCGUCGGGUAGUUCAGGAACACAACUGGAACACAACUGUAAAUGGUUGCCUUUGAGUUAGAGCUGUGUCGUUGAAGGCUGGUGCACAGCAGCCUGCAUACAGUGUCACCCAUCGCACUUCACCUGUUCAGAGUCACCUCUGCUGCUCUGGAGAAAAGAAGCUGCUGAGCAAACAGAUUCAUCUGAAUGUCCGCCCUCCAGUACUUGCUGCUCAUCCACCCUCAUUUUAUUUUUUUACACUAUUUUUUAAGAGUCUAAUAAACAAUACAGAAUGCUCUAUAUUGUCCCUGGUCAGACUGUCAAAGUCUGUUCUGCGGGAAGAGGAGGAGGUUUUUAAAUGUUUUCCGUGGAAACCGAGGGAGUCUGUGCAGACUGGCAGGGAGUGUCCAGGUGUCUCUCCUGAUGUGGAAGCUCUCAGCUGGCUGAGUGUCCCCUUUCCCUCUCUGUAGUUCCACUGUGCGACUCCUGAGUAUUGAGUGCACUCCCACAGUACUGUUUAUUCCCCUGAUUGGACUUUUCCUCAGAGCCUCACUGAUGACACAGUGCACAAAUAAAUAAUUAUCAUUCUGUGGUGGUGGCAGCAAUCCUUCUCUCUCUCCCUCUCUCUCUCCCUGUCUCUCUCCACAAAUGUCAGUUUUAUAUCAAUCACCUUUUUUGACAUAUUACGGGAUGGCUGAUUGUAUGUAGUUUACAGCCUUCCUGUGCACAUUAUCUGUAGUGUGUGCAGAUUAGAGGCUGGUUUGCUGGAGCAUAUUUUCGGUUGAAAGUGACACACAAAGCACUUGUUUUACUUGGUUGAUAUCAAUGGCAGGAGUUUGUCUGUAUUUGCUUAAAGGCUAUGUGGUGGCUUUGCUUUUGUUUUGUUUUGUUUUGUUUUUUUAAGUUGUGCAAUAUAUAUUUACUUUGUUUGUGUAUGAGCAGUUGCAAACUGAUGGUUGUUCCAUUCUGUUAGUUUUGUCUUUUCAACCUGUCAGAGUCCUUUGUCAUUUCUUCCUUUAAUAUAAUGUGUGAAGUAUCUACAUUGAUUUGAAAGGACAGGACCUUUCAAGAGGAUAAAGAAUGUCAAACAUAAUGACUGCAUGCAACAAUGUAUUCCAAGGCUAUUUCUAUCUGUUGUGUAUUCCCAAACUAUAUCAGAGUUUCUGAUGACAGUUGUUCAUUUUUAACGGUAGAAUAGUUUCAACUUCUUUGAUUACGGCUAACUGGAGUCAAAUAUGUAUUUGUGUCACUCAAGACGAUAAACCAAUCUGUAUCUCUUACUGAUCCACAGAGAGUAGUUUUAUGGAUCGUAGCAUUCAGAAAAAGGCGGACAUUAACACAGCUGUUGGACAGAAGAUGAAAGUUCCAUGCCAACAGAAAUCUCUGUAAUCUUUACAGUCGAUGUGAUGACAGAUUUUCCCCUCCAUUUGGAAAUCAGACAGUUAUGAGUAUAUGAAUCACACAUUACUGUUAUGAAGUGCUAUCCCGGGGCUCAUAAAUUCUUUAAGUUUCCAAAAUCCCACCUUCUAAUAACACUUUAUAAUGGGUUUAGAAUUUGUUACUUUAAAGGUCCAUUGUGUAAAAUUUAGGAGAGGUUAUUGGCCCAAAAUGAGUGUAUAAACACUUUAAAAUAGAACAGCUUGGUUUCUUAGCUGUACAAGAUGCCUCUUAUAGGUAGUUUAGGCAAGGGCUUUGCCUUCCGGAAGCUGACAUCUUGCACUGCCAUGUUUCUUCAGGAUCCUAAAUGGACAAACCAGCCAGAGAGUGUUUUUGACGUUUUGAAGCAGAAGCUUACUACGCAAACAAAGAAGAACAACAUGUUGAAGCGCUUGGUAUACGGCGUAGUGAGUGGAGGGGUUUGUUUAAAUCUGCGUUGUUGCCAUUAGAUGCUAGAAAUGCUUACACACUGGACCUUUAAAAUAAUAUAAAAUAAUAAUAUUUUUUCUAAAUCUUUACCACUGUUCUAUACACUAGCAGUUCAAACAAGAAAAUCCCACAAGCUUGUGUUUAUCCUGCUUUUUUUAUUCACUCAUCCAUAGUUAUAAGUUUAACUGGGUCAUUGUUUCCAAUAACCAUCAAAUAACUUGGCAGAAGGUUUAUAUUUUUGAUGAUUCUAGUCUUGACAACCACAAAGCACUUUACACUAUGCUUUGGACUGGAGGCGUGGGGUUUCAAACCACUGACCGUGUGGGCAGUGAACAAUCCACCUUACCUCCUGAGCCAUAGCUUUGCAGACUAUGGGUCCCAGGGGUUAAAGGUGCACUGUGGAGUUUUGACCCUUAGUAGCAGCAUGGUGGAGCAGUGUUUGUACGACUGUGCCCAUGUUUUCCUGCUUCCUCGUUGUUCUAUUGAUCAGUGGCAGAGGAGCAGAAAACUAGUGAGCAAUGAUUUAAAUAUUGCACAAUUGUUUGAAUACACUGACUGCAUAUAAACGUAACUUGUACUUAUUCACAAGAAAAGUAGUAAGUGGUCAGGGAGUCUUGAUGAUGAGAUAAAAAAGAUAGUGGGAAAAGCAUCUGUUGUGCUGGGCAAGGUUUCCUUUCAUCUUUCACAGUAAGUGCCAUAUACUUAGCAACACUGGCUGUGGUUUAGGGCGUCAAUUUUAACAACAAUAAUUGCAACACAUAAUGUUCUGCAAAGCAACUCAGGGGGAAAGAAGGAUAAACACUAGCCUAAGAGAUUUUUCAUAACCUGGUAAUGAAUCACUGACAAAUGGAACUUGCUUACAAUAUAUAAAUUAUUUCAAAGUGUUACUGUUUUAGAGAUGUAACUCUCCAACAUGUGUAGGAUGUGUGAGAGCUGUCAAAUAUUUCCUUUUGCAGCACUUAGUUAUGUGCCAAUACUGCAAAUUUGUUAGAUUGGUAAUCAGUUUCUGACUAAUUUGACUAAUUACUAAUUACUUCUGUCAUCAGACCAACAUCUCAUUAUUAGUAUUUCUGGAAUUAGAAAAUAAAACUUGCUUUAUUCAAUGCUGAUAGCCUUUUGUUGUCCAAAUAAUGUUUAAAGAGUUUUGCGACAACCCUCCAAUUCCUUUGGAAGUAUAAGACCUAUUGUAAAGCCUGUCCAGGUUCUGUGUGAGGUGCUUUGUUGCAUGCCAUUGAUGCCUACAAUUUCUUUUUUCUUUCCUUUUUUUUAAAUUCUUGUUCUUUUGAGCAGCAGGCUUGACUAGACACUGAACGUUCAGUGUAGUUUUGAUUUCUCUGACUGAUGCUCGUUUACAUUUAGAUGAGUUCUGGCCUGCUAGUGUGUCUUUUCAUUUACCGCUGUGUCGCUCACUCUACUCUGGCAUGCAUCUCCCCUCUAUUCUCACGGUAGUGUACAGUAUGAAGACGUGGCAGUGUGCUGCCGCUGCUGAGUGUAAAUAGCAAGUCCAUCUUUGAAAAUCUAAUGUUACUCGAUGAAGUACAGAGGGUUUGAAAGGGAGGAGAUGCUUAAUGUGUGGGUGGGAAAUAAAGAAUGAGAAAACAUAUGUGAAUGGUCUGUAAAUUAUUGUUAUUAUUAUUAUUAUUGUUAUCACUUCUCAAUGUCUGCAGUUACAUUGAAGGUGCAUUCCUGCUCCCCUCUGAUACUUACAUAAUCAUUAAACUGCUUCUUUCUGCCUCCAACAGGACUGAAGUAUCAUAACCAAAUGUUACACAGUAAAACACUGCUUCGGACUUAUUUCCCGAGAUGCUCCUGUUCUCUCGUGCUCACAGCCCACUUUUGAGGUCAAAGGGAAGGGGGAGGGGUGAUCUUAUUUUAAUAUGCAUUCUGUUUCUAAGUAGGCAAAAACCCUAUUGAUGUAAAACUAGUACUGUGACGAUGUUGAGAACGCAAAAUAAAAUGAUAUACUGUCAAACCUG